AGAAGAAUUGAGAAACUCAAGACUGAAGUAUUUUUUUUCAUUUUCUUUCUUUCCUUCCUGUACAAAUUGCAGCAAGCUCCAGUGAAGAAGGAAUCUGCACACCCAGUCGAAAUCUGCACAGUUGUCUUAAAGGAAUUACUGAAGUCAGUUGGUCUGAUGCUUCAGGUGUGACUAGGUCAUGGAUGUAACAGUUUCAGGGCAACUUGGACAUAUUAAUGGAAAGCGUGUUUUGAAGGGAAGUUUUCGUGAGGACCUCUCGCUUUGCCCAGGUGAAUUCAUUGCUGCUUCAGUAUGCGUCUUUUCCUAGAUCCCACUCCAGGAGUUUUACUACAAUGUGGAAAUGGAUGCUGACCAGAGGUGUCUCUCCCUUGCCUCAUCUUGCUUGCUUCCUUGUGUUAUCCCUGGCCUGGUCGGUGUCCGCCAGCUGCCGUGGCGAGUCCGAAGAUGCGCUAACGCUGGAUGCUACAAAUUGCUCCUCGAGCCUGGAGCGCCACACGCGCAGCUACAACCACUUGCAGGGUGAUGUGCGGUGGCGGAGACUCUAUUCUGCCACUAAGUACUUCCUCAAGAUUGACAGAACAGGGAAGGUAAAUGGGACCAGAAAGAAGAACUGUCUGAACAGCAUAAUGGAGAUCAGGUCAGUUAAUGUUGGAGUAGUCGCAAUCAAAGCGGUCAACACUGGCUUUUACUUGGCCAUGAACAAGAAGGGAAAGCUAUACGGCACGGAAGAGUACAACAACAAUUGCAAGUUUAAGGAAAGGAUAGAAGAGAAUGGUUACAAUACCUACGCCUCACUGAAAUGGAAGCACAAAGGGCGACAAAUGUUCAUCUCAUUGAAUGGGAAAGGGUCCCCUCGCCGAGGACAUAAAACAAGGAGAAAACAUCUCUCAGCACACUUUCUACCUAUGAUGGUUCCUUAAAGGUCAGCUUGUGCCCACUAGCCCUGAAACUUAUAUCAUUACCAAGUCUUGCCACUUGAUGCUUCAAAAGAAAGAAAUGCACAUUUUCUUUUCUUUCUGUCGUGGAUCUCUUAUACUGAGCUAUUUUUUUUUCUGCGUAAAGCUUGUGGAGGCAACAGAGCAUAGACUGUUGUAAAUGUAGGUUUUACUGGGACCAUUUGCAGUGCCUCUUCUUCAGUAUAACCUUAGGACUUCUGUAGAGGAAAGGAAAACCCUUCAGUCACAAUAGACAAAAGAAGUGAAGCAGUAGGAUUUAAUGGAACAAUUUGGCCUUUUAAAAAAAGCCUGAAAGAAGCUGAUUUUUUUUUGACUCAGAGUGUGGACAAUGGA